AUGAUAUCUUCUUUCAUGGAUUCUCCAAAACGAAAACGAAAUGAUCCCCAGGCACCAACUCCGCCGGAUUCCUCACCUAUGUGUCUCCAAACUUCGAUUACUUUACCUACAUUAUCUCCAGAAGAAGAUGGCCAAGGUAGUCCACGUACAAAAGUCGCAUACCACUUUCAGGGUCUUGCCCUUGAUGGACCCACCGAUAUAAAGAAACUGAAUCUCAAGAAGAAGGGACAAGAAGCAACAAAUGCUGAAUCUGAUAUGCGCAAAAGGAUUAAAAUGUUUGCUUCCAGAGAUGUGGAUAUGACUGGGAGUACAGUAACUGAAAUUCCCGAGACACCACAACCAAAAGCCUUCAGGGCUGUCAUUGGGGAAGAAAGGAAAGUCGAUCCAAUAAUUCGGGAGAUGGGAAACAAUAUUCGGCUUCAUAACGAGGUCGAUCCCAUGAUAUUUCGAGCCGGAUUGAGUGACGCAAAAGAAAAGGAUGGUUUGGCAAGGGCAUAUCCAUCUAUCAAUCGAUUGGCUGAUUCUACGUCUCGGGGAAAGAAGAGGAUGGGUACACCGCCAUUGUCUAAAUCUGAAGAUGCCAUGGAAGAAGAAAGAGAGGUUGUGGAUCCGGACCGAGCUGCUUUGACAUGGCAUAAUAAUGAAAUCACUGGACACAAACCAGACGAUCCAGAUGAUGACGGAGAGGGAAUCAAUGGAAUUGGAUUCCGGCCAACGCCUGCUCUUGCUUAUGCUAGAACGGAAAGAAGGAAGCAACAGAUGGCAGAUUACAGGAGCCGGGAAGCAAGGGAAGCUCGAGCUCGAAGGAGUGAAAGAAGACGAGGAACAGACGAAUCCGCCAGAAAGGAAGCUGAGAAGGUAGCAAGGAGAGUAAGGUUUAUUGAUUCUGAGAACCCGGGAAUCAUUUCAACGUCUUGA